AUGAGAGCAUUAAAUAUGUUAUGUGCCCACACCAACACCCACACGAAAGGAGCCAGUGCCCAUGGUCACUUUAGGGGCACCAGGGAGCUCGUGCUCCUAGACGCUCUCACAGGAGAGGCGUUUCGGUUCCCUUGGCCUCUGAGCUUAUCUGGAAACGCCAGCGUCAGGAAACUCCAGAGAGAUCAGAGCUCGUCCCCGGCUCCAGAGGCGUGCUUCUGGUUAAACUUAGAGCACUAUGUGAACCAGCUUCUCCCCAUGCUUCCUCCCUCCCUUGCUGCUGGAAGUGACUCUGCAAGGAAGAGAUCUAAAGACGUUGAGCCGCAAAAUAAGAGCGCAUCCAGACUUGAGGAGCCUCAGCGAUGUCUCUGCUUUGUGGAGGCCACCGGAAGGAGCCUCUCAGCAGAGGCUGCGGCAGCGUUGCAGGAACCAGGUAGCAGCAGCAAAAACAACAGCAGCCUUAUUCAAUCAAGUGGGCCUCUAUCUCUCAUUCUUAUCCGCCCAGAGCUACUUUCUUGUUUGGGGAGUAGCUGCUACUAUGGACCCGCUUUGGCCGCUUCAGCAGCAGAAGGCACAGAUGGUAAGUAUGGCGCAACAGCAGCAGCUGAAGCUGUUGCACCACAGCUGACAUCUCUUUCACUAGCGGCGGAUCCCAAAGUUUUAUCGACUGUGGAAGUAAUCCAUGGGAAACAAAUACCAACAAGAGAACCUGAGAUGCUCAGCAGCUCUCUGCCCACCUACAGAGCGGGUGACCGCGCUGCUGGUAGAGGGGUGGGAGGGGUGGGUGCAGCCGUUAUUGCCGCUGCUGCUGCUACUGCUGCUCUUGGGGGCGGCGCAAAUCCUGAUGCCGCUUGUGCAUGCAGCAGCGCAGACUGCUUCAGUUUUCCAUCGGCGACUGUGCAGCAGCGGCUGGUCAGCGGGGAGCUGAAGGCGUUGCGGAGUGCUACGCUGUUGGAUGGUGACGCCUCAUUCAGGGUGUUUGGCAGCAACAUCGUUGCUGCUGCUCCCUUGCUUUGUGCUUCUCGCGAUGCAGCUGCUGUGGCAGCCGAUCUGCAUGUGCGGCUGAGACGCCAACGGUCUGCAGCAGAAGUCGUCGUGCGGGCGCUGCUGAGGCACGCAGACCUGGCGCUGAAGUGGGCUGAAGCUCUCAAGCUGCGGCUGCAGCAGCAGGCGAUUGCUCAGGAGAGCGUCGUUGCGGGGUUCGAGCAGCUGCUACUCAAGCUUCAGCAAACACCUGUCGACCCGGUGCUGCUGCUGCUGCUACAACUUAAGCACGAUAAUGCUGUACAGCAGCAGCACCAACCAAACGCAGAUACCACCUUGCUUGCAACUGCUUCAACAGAGCUGUUCAGUCACAGAGCGUCUCCUCGGACGCAGGAUUCUGCCGCUGCUGGGGUUGCUGCUGCUUCUGAAGAGGUGACUGCAGCAAGGCAAGAUACCUUAAGGACGGCAGCAGCAGACACUAAAAAAACAUCAUUCUUGACAGAAGCAGGAAGUUCUGCUGCAGGGGAAUGCAGUCCCGCGGAUGUGGGCUCGGGCAAAGGUGUCUGGGCAGAUGCAAUUCAUUCUGCAGAAAAUGUCUCAGAUGAAUUUGGCACCAUGCAGCCGUCCCCUGCAGGAUUAUCAGCGGCCUCAUGCGGCUCCUUUGCAUCAGCAGCAGCAGCAACAGCUGCAAGGCCAUCAGCAGCACCACCACAAACGGAAGUUUUGUCAUCACUUCCCGGUGAGCAAGUACCCCUCAAACCCUGCUUGUUAGGCAGCCCAGCACAGGGGACUUGUUGGCUGGGCCUGAUAUGCUCACCAAAGCAGCGCAGGAAGGUGGGGAGUCCUAUAGCUGAUAUAAAGGAGACGGAAUCUCCUGCCGCUGUAGCAACAACGGCGCCCGACAGCUCUCUAGGUAAGCAUGUAGUACACUUCUGCGGCUCCGAGAGUCCCGACGGAGGCCCAGCCCCUGCAGCUGCUGUGCCCGCGGCAAGUGCAUGCAGUGGGAGUGACCACAGUAACCCCAGCACGGCAACACUAGGGACUGCAGCUGGAGCAGUCCAGCAGCAAAACAGUCUUACCGGCGUAGAAGCUGUAAAUGCCCCCGGCGCAGGGGCUACAAGAUUUUCUUUUCUGGAAGAACCUGCAGGCCCUACAGCGGAAGUCGAGGCGGGCAGCACAGCCGCUGCAACAGCGGCAGCAGCAACUCUAGCAGCAGAUUUAGCGACAACAGAAGCGGCUUCAGCAACGGCUCCAUGUAGAGAUGGAACAGUUAUUGGGCCUUCAGUAGCCUCUCUCCUCAACGUCCCAGCCAUCCGUGCGUUCGCAACAUCAGUGUUCGCAGACCGCACUGCGGUGCUACAACAAGUCGAGCAAGUGGAGCAGGACAUCUGUGCAGCAACAACUGCAUUUAGGUGUGCAGCUGAUGGCUUGCUCGCUGCAGCAGGUGAGACGGAAGCAGCGCUUUCAAUUCUGCUGGGCGAGCAGCAAGAACUGACAGCUGUGCACACACGAGCUUUUGCUGCAGUUGCUGCUGCGACUCCAACACCGCCCGUAGCAUACUCUCGGUUUGCUCCACAGCAGCUACGUCUUCUUGCUGCCGAUCAGGAAGCAGCGAUGUUGGAACUGCACCAGCUCGAGAAGCAGCAGAAGGCCCUCACGAAGAAACAGCGGGUGGCCUGGAUGCAGCACUGCCGCCAGCAACUGCAACUCUUGCGCUUCUGUCUAAGAGGUCGGCUGAAGCUGCGGCAGUAUCACGAGCAGGGUCUGGCUUGCAGCAUGAAAGCUCAGCGCGUCAAUGGAACUCUGCUGCAGCUCCGACGGCUGUAUGCUUGCCCCGCUGCCUUUGCUGGAGCAGCCCGAGAGACAAUUCGCCGUCUCACUUUUGCUGCGUCUUUUCGCAAGGCUGCGGAGACAGCUCGGGCCGUGCUGCACCGCAUGCAGCAGCAGGAGCAGCAGCAACGGCUGCAGUUUCUGGAAUCCGCUGCUUCCUCACUUCCUACAGCUGUUUUUUGGCCCCUGCUGCGUGUCACCCCACAAGAAGCCCACGUCACACUGCCAGAGACAGACGAGCCCAUCAUCUCAAUUAUAGAUCCUUCAGUGCUUGCAGCCGCCUUGGACGAGUCACCGCAACAGCAGCGGGGAGGAGAAAAGGAUCAGCAGCAGCGCCAGAAGCAGGAAGACCGUCUGCUGCUGCGGGCCUUGCUGCGCUCUGAACUUGCACGGACUCGCCAGCAUACCGGGGGAGAUAUAUGCGCACAACGACGGCAGCAACGACAACGGCAGCAGCAGCAAGCGCAGCAGCAGCAGCAACGAGGACGAGAGGAACAGCACCAGCUCCUUCGCCGAGCUAACGAGCUGCUGGGUGAACCGGCGGGUCCUCACGUCGUCCUGCACGACAGUGAGCAGCAGCAGCAGCAGCAGCGGCAGCAGCGGCAGCAGCAGCAGCCAGCGCCACCCAGCGUACACCGAGAUACUGCUGCCCCGCCUUGGAAAAUACAACCCUCGCACAGCGAGAUGCAGCACAAACGGGAGGUUGCUGCCUGUGAGGAGAGGUCUCAGCAGUUCACCAGACCGCAGCAGGUGAAGGACCAGGAGGCGCGCGAGCAGCAGCAGCACAAUCAACGGCAGCAGCAGAAACAGCAGCGUCAGGAACAGCAACAGAAGCAGCAGCAGCAGUGCAUGGGGCAGGCAUCCGUGCCGCACCCACCAGAGUUCCUGCAUCCACUCGAGCAGCUUGGGCAUGCACAGCUGCCUCGGCAGGGGCUUCAGGAUGAACUUCUUUUCCCCAGUUUUGCAGCAGUAGAUCGAUUCGAGGAGCAACAGCAGCAGCAGCACCAGCAGGAGACACAGUUACUGCUCCUACAGCAAGACGUCAUCUGUGGUUCUCAAGCUUCAUCAAGGCCUGGUUCUCCGUGGGACCCCACAACCAUGCAGUAUCCGUCAGAACAACCACAACUCUGGCGGAAUCAGGUAAAGGGGCCUUUUUCUUUACAGAAACAGCAAAGUAGGCUGCGGGCGGAGCAAGAGCCGCUGCUUCAUCAGCUGCUUCAGCAGCAGUUGCAGCAGCCGCGGCAGCCACAGCAGUUGCAGCAGUUGCUGCAGAAACGGCAAGUGCAGCAGGAGCGAAGGCGUAAGAAGGAGAGGCCGGGUAAUGAUCACAGAGAGCAGGCAAGCGCUUACAAGUACGGCGUGGAGGCACCCAACAGCAGUUCGCAACCCAGUGUAUAUCAGCGCCAGCACCACACGCAAGCUGAAGUGCAGCAGCAGCAGAGCCAGGCACAGCCCGUGUCUGACCUGCAGCAGCAUUAUUUGCUGCAGCAGGCACGGCCUCACGGAACUCAGUUUCAGGCGCAGAAGACGCAGCAGCAUGCGCUGCAACACGAGUCACACUGGCAAGAACAGCAACUGAUGCAACCGCAGCAAAACCAGAAGCUCCUGCAGCACCAGGGUUUAGGACCUACGAAGCUGCCGCAGCAGGGUUGGGAGGUACCGGUGCAGCCGACGCCCGCAGCCUCAGGCCAGGUGCUGGAGCAGCAGUCGCAAAAGAAAGAGCAGCAACAGCGGCACCUGCAACAGCAGCAGCAGCCGCUGCACCGGCGGCACCUGCAACAGCAGCAGCGGCAACAACAGCAGCUGCAACAGCUGUACCUGCAGCAGCAGCUGGCGCAUCAACGUCUGGCGGGUUGCUUCGGGGAGGACGAGGGGCAGCAUUCGCCACUGAAUUACCAGCAACAGCAGCGACAGAAGUUGCAGGAGGCACAGGUUCAGCAGCAUCCAGGGUUUGCUGCUGGUGAACCCCAGCAGCGAAGACAGAUGGGGCAAGACGCACUUGUUUUACACAACGCUGCGCAGCUGCAGCAUCAGAUGCAGCAGCAAGAGCAGCAGCGGCUGCAGCAACAACAGCAACAGCAGUCAACUGGAAGCGAGCAGCAGCAUCUUAAGCAGUGGAUACACCCCGUGGAGUCCUUGCACCAGCAGCAGCAGCAGCAGUCGUUGCAGUUGCCACCCGCAGCCGAGCUGCUCGAUCAGGUGCAUGAGGAGCGGCAGCUCCUUGUGCAGCCCAUUACAAGCCAGAGGGAGCAUUUAAAUGCUGAACAAACACUAGAGAAGGCAGCAGCACUCCCGCACCAGCAAGAAGAAGAUUUUGUGUGUCAUCCCACGGAUCUCCAGCAGCUGCAGCGUCUUGUCAGGCAAGACUGUGCGGGGUUGCAGUUUCCUAUUCAGCAGCUGCGGAAGCAACAGCUCGGCGACAGCCACUUGCUGAGUGAUUUCGCGCAGCUGCAGCUGCAGGGGCAGCGCCUGCUGCUGCAACAGCAACAACAGCAGCAGCAACUGCUCCUGCAGCAGGAGCAUCGAUUGCUGCAGCAACUUAGAGAACAAAGGCUGCUGCAGCAGCACGAACAAAGAGUGAUGGAACAGCAGAACCUGGUGCGCGCCGAGCAGGAGGAAGAGCAGCAGUUACAAGACGGGCCGGAGCAGCACGAGCAAAGGUUAAUGAAGAAGCUGCAGCAGCAGCAGCAGAUGUUGGAGAAGCAGCAGCUGCCCACUUCAGAAGUACAGGUACCAGAGAGCUGGCAGCUGAGCCCGGCACCUUCAAGUGAGCAUGCUGAAGGAACUCUUUUGGUGGCAGAAGCCGGGGACAACAGCUCAGAGCAGCAGCAGCAGCAGCUGCUGCGACUGCGAGGAAUGCGUGCGUCGGAGUGCCUGCACCAAGGGGCUCCAGCUCCGCAUCGGCAGGGGGAAUCUUCAGCACAUGAACAGCGGCAAGUAUUGCAGCGGCAAGUACUGCAGCAGCAAGUGCUACAGCAGCAAUUACUGCAGCAACAAGUGCUGCAGCAGGAACGCCGCUCGGUACCGCUCAGUGAGCUUGGGCACGACGUGUUGGGCUCGGCUCAAGGCUUGCUGCUGCUGCCACAGCAGUCGCAACACCAGCAGGAGCAACAGCUCCAACGUGGGGAUCGUAGAGAAGAAUUUUGGAAGGCGCAGCAACAACCGUCUGCCGUAACUGCUGCACUUGCGUCUGCUGCAGCAGACGGAGAAUGCGAAGUAGCAACAGCAGCGCGCGUCCGUACAGCUCCGUCUCCGGACUCUGCACCUGAAAGAAGCGCUCAAUUGAUUGAGUUGCCUCAGUUUGAUGCUGAGGAUUUGGGCUCGUUGUUCGGGGAAGGGGAAGUUGCAGCAGUAGCAGCGACUACAUCUUAUGCUGAUAGCGCUGGUUCAGUGUAUGGGGACGUAGGCCGCUCUUGCAGCAACGGCGACGACUCUGCUGAGGGCCAAGCAGCAGACAUGGCUGAAGUGCGUGAGGCCAUUGGUGCUGCAGCAGAGACACUAGCGUCUGUACAAGCAGCCGCUCCACAGAGACUUGAGGAAGCAGAUGCGGCUGCUGCCCACACCGUUCGGCGCAGCUGCUUGCCCGAAUCCCCCGGGCUCACAGCAGCAGCAGCAGCACGACCAGCAGCAAGAGUUCGAGCCCUUGAAGAAAGGGGAGGCAAGAGAAACAGUUUUUAA